AUGGCUGCAGCAUCCUUCUUUGGAACCAGCGUGGAGUGGGUGAAAUCAUGGUUUGAUGCCAGCUUGGACGAGUCCAGUGAGAAGCUGGUGUGCGCUACAGGAGGGAGUGCAGGUGGUGAGCUCGGUGCCUGGGACCUUGCAGCAUGCCAGGUUUUCAGGAAUGCUGUAAUGUGGAUUGUAUUGUGUGACUUUUUUCUCUUCUGGUAUCGACUGGAGAUGUUCAGUGAGCUGAGGUUAAGUGAGUGGGUGUUUGAGCCCUUCACCAUGCCAGGAGUUGGCCAGUAUCUGUGCACUACCUCCAGCAAGGUGGACAAGAUGCCAUCCCUUCCUGCAGAGCCCGGAGCAGCUGCACCCCCUGGGGAUCCCCCCAUGGACCUUUGGGAUGUGGAGGUUGGGCAUCCGCCACUCUUUCAGGGCUGGACACAGUGGUGCCAGGUGCCCUGCUCAGCACUGGUCAAGGACUGUCACAGAUGCCAUGGUUAUGGCCAGUCCAAGUGCAGGGUGUGCCAUGGGACAGAUCAGAUAAGGAGCUGGAAAACUUUCUGCCAGGCUGCAUUUCCCAUUCCUCUAAGCUCAGGGCUAAAGCAGCAGAAGAGAUGCCAGCUUUGCUCAGGUACAGGUUGCAAAAGGUGCAAUACCUGUUCUGGCCAGGGCAGCAAGACCUGUGUGACCUGUCAGGGAGAGAAAAAGCUCCAGGAUUUCAAGCAGCUGGUGAUAACCUGGAAGAACAAUGUCUUAGAAUUUGUUUCUGAGCAUCAUCUGAACUUCCCAGGAGAGCUGCUCAGCAAAGUCAGUGGAGAGUGUAUAUUUAAAGAUGAAAAUGUGAUGGUGUACCCUGUCAUCGACUUCCCUGAACCUGAGAUCUCCCUGGCCUCACAGCGAGCCAUUGCAGAGCACAGCGCAACAUUAGCUACGUCCUCCUGCAUCCUCUGGCAGCAUCAAACAAUUGAGCAUUUCCUCAUCACAGAAGUUCACUACUAGUAUUCAGGGGAGCCUUACCUCUACUACAUCUACAGGCUUGAGAGCAAGGUGCAUGCACUGGAGCACCCUGAGAGGUGCUACUGCAGCUGCACCAUCACCUGA